CAGCCAUUGUUGACGACAUCCUGGCUGCGUUGAUCGCUCGUUGCGAACUUGCGAGGGACCCCCGUUGGUUAGAAAUUUUCCGUCAUUUCCAGCUGUGGCCGCCUACGGAUCUCUAUUUCGCUUUUCGAUCGUUUUGGCACUGUUCGGCUCAGGCCUGGUCGCGUUUAAUUACCCGUCGGCUCAACGACCCACGAGCUUUGUCUCCAAGCUUCCAAUCCGAACUACUAACCUCCCCGGAUUUCGUAUAUAUAGCUCCCAGCAACCACUAGUACUCUCAUUUGACGGGAACUCUGACGGACCUGCUCAACUGCUUCAUGCAGGCUUAGAUCAGCGGAAUUGCAAUCGCACUCCAUGAAGAUAUUCGACAAUUUUCUUUGAAGUUUUAGAGAUUCAAGCUCAUCGCUUAUUCAAUUCCAGCCCUGCCUCGUUCACCGUUUACGCUCUUUGAGAUUGCUCUGACUGAGACUGAUAUUUGGUACUGGCCGUUGGGGAACAAUGGACAACCUACCGAUGGAGGUGGAUAAAUUGCGUGUGCAGGAGCAGGAGGUCCCUGUCGAACAGGAACCGAAUCGAGUUCCGGCUCAGGAUCCUGUUGCUGACAAGACCACCGAGCUGUCCCCUCAGCCGGUUCCUGAUCAAUUCCCGGAACAAACCGUCCAACAAGAACAGAACAUGCCAGCAGCCGCAGAAGAAGCAGUAGCCAGCUCACCCUCGUACAAUAAUAACAAUGACUACAGCAACGGUCACCGAGCCGACGACCAUUCCUCAAACUCUCUCGACUACCCCACUUCCAGCCAAACGUUCGUACCACAAGAUAUCGAGUCCCCCCAGCAGCAUCACUCUCCAACCAUGCCUUUUCAACAGCCUGCCCAAACUGUCCAAUCUUCCCAGCCGAGUUCGCGACCUAGCUCAGGGCUGUCAGGUGGAGGUGACCGAUACGGAUACUCGCAGUCCUACCACGACCAAAGUCGGGAGCAGAGACAGCCGCAGCAACAACAGUCUACUCCCAAUAAGAAUAGCGUCGUUAUAAAAGUUGGAAUGGUUGGAGAUGCGCAGAUCGGGAAAACCAGCCUAAUGGUUAAAUACGUUGAAGGAAGCUGGGAUGAAGACUACAUCCAAACACUUGGUGUUAAUUUUAUGGAGAAGACCAUUUCGAUUCGGAAUACUGAAAUUACAUUUUCCAUUUGGGACCUGGGUGGACAGCGUGAAUUCGUCAAUAUGUUACCUCUGGUGUGCAACGAUGCCGUUGCUAUAUUAUUCAUGUUUGACCUGACCCGAAAGAGCACCUUGAAUUCCAUCAAGGAAUGGUACCGCCAGGGUCGCGGGUUCAAUAAAACCGCGAUCCCAUUCCUCAUCGGCACAAAGUAUGACCAUUUCGUUAACUUCCCACGGGAGGAUCAGGAAGAAAUAUCGAUACAGGCCAAACGCUUUGCCAGGGCUAUGAGAGCCAGUUUGAUUUUCAGCAGCACGAGCCAUAGCAUAAAUGUCCAGAAGAUCUUCAAAAUUGUGCUGAGCAAGGCAUUUGACCUCAAAUGCACUAUUCCCGAAAUCGAGAACAUCGGAGAGCCGCUGUUGCUUUAUCAAUCUGUCGGCUAAGUGGAAAGAUACGCGUGAAGCCUGCUGAACAGAUAAGAUGCUAGAAGUUUGUGACGAGAAGAAAUUUUUUGUACGCUGGAUGAAGCCAUGGUUUGUUACGAUUAUAAUCUUCGUUUUAUUUUUUUGCCUCUCCUACUUUGAAGUGGUGGGAUAGGUGGAAGGAGGAGGAGGAGAGAUGGAGGGAUGGGAGGCAGAGAGGACCCACGAUGCUCCUCGUGUGUGUGCUUCUUAUCUACAUCGGGUGGAUGUGGUAGAAACACUGCUUUUUAUGCGCCUGCGAGGGAAUCCCUUGUUCCCGGCUUCCUUCUUUUACUCGUUUUUCUUUUCCUCUUUUUUUUUGGCAUUGGGAUGCGUUGAGGCAUUUGUUUUGAUUAUUUUCGAUUUCCUUUUUCCUCCCUCCUGACUGUUUCCCCCUCCUUUCCUUCUUUUCAUCUCCUUUGCUCCUACCUGCUUCUCCUUACCUUUCGCUUCAAUUCUCAUCUGUAUUUUGCUAUUUCUGCUUUGGCAGGGCUCGGCCCCGUCCACACCCCUCUCUUACGUACUACUAGAGUUUCCUUUGUGUCUUUUGUGUUAUUCAUAUCAACCAAGCUUUUCCUUUUUCCUUUUCCCUUUCCUUCUCCUUAUUUGUGUCUCUCUUCCUCUUCUUUUAACAAGCCCGCCUCGCUCUGCAAAAGAGAAUUAUAUAUCGGCGUCAUAAAUAACUCACCGAAGAAGAAGCAAAAAAAAAAAAAAAAAAAAAAAAAAAAAAAAAGGCGCUGCAGAGCAUAAUUAAAAUAAUUAACAUAUCCGUUCCAAAGCAACACCAGCCUUCCAUAUCUCUUUUUGUCGAUUGCGCAGGAUAAUUUUUGUGAGUUUUACCAAAAGGCCAAAGCCAGUCAGUUCUCGACAUGUCGGAUUCAAUCAGAUAGGAGAGGAUGAGGAGGAGGAAUGAAGGCGGUUUCAACCUGAAACACAAGCUAGGCCAAAAACCCCGUUAUUUACGUAGUUAUGACUUCCGGCUGCUGUUACUUGAACUUGAACCCAGUCAGUAUUGAUUCUCGUGUUUGUUGCCGCUACUUGCUCCAAGAUCGACGGGGGGGGCGCUGAUUUCUUUCGCUUCGGCAACUUUCUAAGGCUGAAUGGGUGGAUAGAUUAAUUAAUAUGGUUUGCCAACUUUCCAGCUUUUCUGAUGCCUGUUUUGCUGGCCUGUUUCCUCCUGGUUGUGCGUAAAUGAAUGAGUGGGCUAUGUUUGUGCAGAUAUACGGAGUUAGAGCAACUGGCGGUUUGCGCUGAACCAGGUUAUGUUGUAACUUAUCAGUACGAGUUCAAGAUCAAAUAACUAAUAUAAGUUCAAUCUUUCAUUUUGUUGCUAGAUGAGACAUCGAUCGCUCUCACGGUGCCGGGAAUAUUUCAUAUUUUAUUCAUUCUCUCCUCUCAGCUGGGAGAUUAUAUCAUAGAUUCGUACGGAAUAACCACUCUUUAGGGGCGAGUGGGAGGGAAAGGA